AUGAAAACCUGUGAAAACGAACCUUUACUUUAUUCCAUAACGCAUGCCACCAUUGUCCAUACAAUUGAUCCAAACCAAGUUGCUUCUGCUCCUCCACAUACUAUAGCAAAGCCUCCUCAUGUGAAUGUUGUUCGUUCUCUGACUCCAAUGGUUCAAAAGAUCUUCUCGACCACCUAUUCCAAAGUACAUGGAAGCAAAUUAAAUGGUGAUGUGUUGCCUCAUAUUCAGUUGAGAACGCCUCUCUUCUCCAACCUUCCAUCUGUAUUCGAAGAAAUGAAUCAAGUAUUAGAUAGGUACUAUACACAAUGGGAAGAGGCCAACUUUUGGUUUCGAGUGAUAUGGUUGGCAUUCGUUGUGUUGUUUGUACUCACUGGUGGAUUGGGUUUGAUUUUCAUUUGUGUUGUGUACAUGUAUCGAGCGCAUGUUCAUUCGAAUUUUAGAGAAAAAUUUAAAACUGAAGUGAAACCUGCACUUCAAUUGAUGUUGAACGAGAAAAUGAAAAGUUGA